UCGCGGCGAAAGAGCUUUCAUCAGGAUCAAAUUGCCGGAACCUAUAGUACAGUUUCGUUGAAGGGAAUUUAUUGAUUUUUGAGAGGUGUAUUUAUAUUUGUGAAAGCUUAUCGUAGAAGUUCAAAACGUAUUUGAUACCAGGUACCAACAAUGUUGAUCAAAGUGAAGACACUUACCGGAAAAGAGAUUGAAAUCGACAUAGAGCCGACUGACAAGGUCGAGAGAAUAAAAGAACGAGUUGAAGAAAAAGAGGGUAUCCCACCGCAACAACAGAGAUUAAUAUUUUCCGGUAAACAAAUGAACGAUGAGAAAACAGCUCAGGACUACAAAGUACAAGGUGGAUCCGUACUCCACUUGGUUCUCGCUUUGAGGGGCGGAAGCCUCCAUUAAACCAAGCAUUCUUGAAUAACGGAUAAAUCUCUUCACUCCUUACCAGAUACACAAGCGACGUGCUAAACAUCGGCAGCAACAAACGCGAAAUGUUCCCAACUGUUGUAGCAUGUAAAUAAUACAUCUAAUACCGAAGCCAUGUCAUUAGCUUGAAAGAUGCAAUUUGAGAUAUACAAUUUGUAAUCGAACCGAUCAUACUUAAUAAAAUAAUUUAAUUCUAAUUCAA